AUGGUGAUCAGAGAGCCUGAGGCAUACGAAGAUUUUUAUAUAAAGGUGGAUGGGAAAUGGGUAAAGAUCACAAAAGAGACGUUGGCUUGGCAUCCCGGGGGAAAUGCGUUGACCACUUACAAGAACAAAGAUGCCACCACCGUCUUUCACACAUUCCACGUGGGAUCCAAGAAGGCGUACAAGGCGUUGAUGGACAUGAGAAAGGAGCAAGGAGAGGUCGUCCCCGACUUUCAGGUCAAGGUAAGAUGGGUAAAAUACGAAGAAAAAUUACAUUCAAUAUGUCACUUUAUAGCUAGAGAGUUUUUUACAAAGUAGUUUGUCCUUGGCAAAAAAUCUUUACAAAAAUUUAAAAAUCAAAAUUGCCUAACAGUUUCACAAAAUCUCAUGAGAUUGAAAAAAAUAGGUUCAAGAAGGCAUAUACUAUAACCACGAGUAGUAGCUAUAAAAAUGAAUAUCAUUGUCUCCAGUUUCCAAAAAAAUUGCAGUUUACACAAUCCCCUCUUUCCAGGACCCCACAAUGUCCGAAUUAUACGAUGUGAAUAUGGGGAAAUGGGAGAUGUCGGAUGAGAAGGCCAAACAGAUCGCUGAGAACUUUGACAAACUGCGGAUGGAGGUCAGGGAAAAGGGUCUGCUGAAUGGGGACAACCUUUUCUUUGCCCGCAAAUUCACCGAAGCCAUUGGCUUGAUCGGGAUUGCCAUUUACCUCCAAUACCAUCGAAUUUACAUUCCCUCGGCCCUGUUGAUGGGAUUGGCUUGGCAACAGCUGGGAUGGAUGAUCCAUGAGUACUGUCAUCAUCAGCAUUUCAAGGUAUUAUCACUGAAAAUUUGCAUAUUUACAGAGUUUUAUCCAAAACAUUAGAUUUUUGUCAUCAUUUUACAUUUUUUCUUUUAGAAUCCUCUGUGGAAUGAUUACAUGUCUUACAUUGUGGGCAAUCUUCUCCAAGGGUUUUCUUCGAAUGGAUGGAAACAUCAGCACAAUGUUCAUCAUGCUGCGACGAACGUCGUGGGCCGAGAUGGGGACAUUGAUCUGAUGCCCUUCUGGGCGACUGUGGCCUCCGAUUUAAAGGUAUUACUGAAGCAAAGCUUGGCUCUGAAAUUUUGAAAUUUCAUAUUCAAAAAGGUUGUUGUACAACAAUAAUUUUAGCUCUUGGAAGCAACUUCUUGGGUGAUGCAGAUGCUGCCCUAUCAACACAUCUACUGGACCUUCUUCAUGCCCUUCCUCCGACUCAGCUGGCUGGCCCAGUCGAUCGGAUUUGUGCUGUCCAUGGACACAAGCUUCUAUGAUGUGCGUUUCUACAAUCUUUACCUUAUUUUACAUCUCCUUUUGUAGUUUUUUUUUAAAUUUUUUCUAUUAGAUCUUAUGCAUAAUAUAAAAAUCUCUCAGGUUCAUCGCCAAAAAGCCAAGUACGAGCAGAUCACCCUGUCCAUCCACUGGUUCUUCGUCCUGCUCCAACUUUAUUGCCUUCCGGAUGUCCAGACCAUGGUCACUUACUUCUUAAUUUCCCAAUUAUUCGGCGGUUUCCUCUUGGCUCAUGUGGUGACUUUCAAUCAUUACUCCACAGAUAAGUUCUCUUGUAAGUUUUUACAAUUUUCAAUAAACAUAGACGGUAAAGGCGUGAUAAAGUAUUAAUGUUACAGACAAUGCGGCUAUUCUGGAGAACUACCCCAGCCUUCAACUUUAUACCACCAGAAAUAUGCGUCCUGGUCGAUUUAUCGACUGGUUGUGGGGUGGAUUGAACUAUCAGAUCGAGCAUCAUCUCUUCCCAACCAUGCCCAGACACAAUCUUAACAAAGUAAGUUAGUUUGCGUUGGGAACAGGGAUUUAGAGGAAAAGGGGAAGACUUGACACAUGAGUCGACUCUUUUCCUCGGAAAGAAGAAGUCGAGGGGAGAGGGGUAGGUUUUGAUGAAGCUGAACCAUUAAGGCGUCAUUUUCUCAAAGCGUUUACUUGCUAAAAUUUACAAAAAUCGAGGACAACACUUGACCCAAGAGUCAAGUCUUCCUGUCAGUCGCCAAAUUGAAAACUCAAUAAUUUCAGGUGAUGCCUAUGGUGAAAAAGUUCUGUAAAGAGAACGAUCUUCCCUAUAUGGUGGACGACUAUUUGACUGGCUGGCAAUAUGAGAUCGAGCAGUUCAGAAAUGUGGCCAUAAUGGCCGGGAAAAUUGUGAAUAAGGUGCGGGAGCCGAGGAAGGCGUUUUGA